CGAGCGGCGGCGGCGGCGGCGGCCGAGGAAAAAAGAUGGCGGCGGGCUCGGAUCUGCUGGACGAGGUCUUCUUCAACAGCGAGGUGGACGAGAAAGUGGUGAGCGACCUGGUGGGCUCGCUCGAGUCGCAGCUGGCGGCCAGCGCGGCCCACCACCACCACCUCGCGCCGCGCACGCCCGAGGUGCGGGCCGCGGCCGCCGGCGCGCUCGGGAACCAUGUUGUGAGCGGCAGCCCGGCCGGAGCCGCGGGCGCAGGGCCGGCCGCCCCCGCCGAGGGCGCGCCCGGAGCGGCGCCGGAGCCGCCCCCCGCAGGUAGAGCGCGGCCGGGGGGCGGGGGGCCGCGGCGCCCGGGCCCCCCCUCACCGCGCCGCCCCCUUGUCCCCGCAGGGCCCGCGCCGCCCGCCGCGAAGCUGAGGCCGCCGCCCGAGGGCAGCACGGGGGCCUGCGCCCCGGUGCCCGCCGCCGCCGCCGUCGCCGCGGGGCCCGAGCCCGCCCCCGCCGGCCCCGCCAAGCUCGCCGGCCCCGCCGCGCUGGCCGCCCGCGCCGGCCCCGGCCCCGGGCCCGGCCCCGGCCCUGGCAAGCCCGCCGGCCCCGGCGCCGCGCAAACUUUGAAUGGGAGCGCCGCGCUGCUGAACUCGCACCACGCCGCCGCACCUGCUGUCAGCCUGGUCAACAACGGGCCCGCCGCGCUGCUGCCGCUGCCCAAGCCCGCCGCCCCCGGCACUGUCAUCCAGACGCCCCCCUUCGUGGGCGCCGCCGCGCCCCCUGCGCCCGCCGCGCCCUCGCCCCCCGCCGCCCCCGCGCCCGCCGCCCCCGCCGCCGCCCCGCCCCCGCCACCCCCCGCGCCCGCCACCCUGGCCCGGCCGCCCGGCCACCCCGCCGGACCCCCGACAGCUGCGCCCGCCGCGCCGCCCCCCGCCGCCGCCCAGAACGGGGGCAGCGCCGGGGCAGCCCCCGCCCCCGCCCCGGCCGCCGGGUGCCCCGCGGGGGUCAGCGGCCAGCCCGGGCCCGGCGCGGCGGCUGCGGCGCCAGCGCCGGGGGUCAAGGCCGAGUCGCCCAAGACGGUGGUGCAGGCGGCGCCCCCGGCGGCGCAGACCCUGGCGGCCAGCGGCCCGGCCAGCACGGCGGCCAGCAUGGUCAUCGGGCCAACUAUGCAAGGGGCGCUGCCCAGCCCGGCCGCCGUCCCGCCGCCCGCCCCCGGGACCCCCACCGGGCUGCCCAAAGGCGCGGCCGGCGCAGUAACCCAGAGCCUGCCCCGGACGCCCACGGCCACCACCAGCGGGAUCCGGGCUACUCUGACGCCCACCGUGCUGGCCCCCCGCUUGCCGCAGCCGCCUCAGAACCCGACCAACAUCCAGAACUUCCAGCUGCCCCCAGGAAUGGUCCUCGUCAGAAGUGAGAAUGGGCAGUUGUUAAUGAUUCCUCAGCAGGCCUUGGCCCAGAUGCAGGCACAGGCCCAUGCCCAGCCUCAGACCACCAUGGCGCCUCGCCCUGCCACCCCCACAAGUGCCCCUCCCGUCCAGAUCUCCACCGUACAGGCACCUGGAACACCUAUCAUUGCACGGCAGGUGACCCCAACUACCAUAAUUAAGCAAGUGUCUCAGGCCCAGACAACGGUGCAGCCCAGUGCAACCCUGCAGCGCUCGCCUGGCGUCCAGCCUCAGCUCGUUCUGGGUGGCGCUGCCCAGACGGCCUCACUUGGGACGGCGACGGCUGUUCAGACGGGGACUCCUCAGCGCACGGUUCCAGGGGCAACCACCACUUCCUCAGCUGCCACGGAAACUAUGGAAAACGUGAAGAAAUGUAAAAAUUUCCUAUCUACGUUAAUAAAACUGGCUUCAUCUGGCAAGCAGUCUACAGAGACAGCAGCUAAUGUGAAAGAGCUCGUGCAGAAUUUACUGGAUGGAAAAAUAGAAGCAGAAGAUUUCACAAGCAGGUUAUACCGAGAACUUAAUUCUUCACCUCAACCUUACCUUGUGCCUUUCCUGAAGAGGAGCUUACCCGCCUUGAGACAGCUGACCCCCGACUCCGCGGCCUUCAUCCAGCAGAGCCAGCAGCAGCCGCCACCGCCCGCCUCGCAGGCCACCACUGCGCUCACGGCCGUGGUGCUGAGUAGCUCGGUCCAGCGCACGGCCGGGAAGACGGCGGCCACCGUGACCAGUGCCCUCCAGCCCCCUGUGCUCAGCCUCACGCAGCCCACGCAGGUCGGCGUCGGCAAGCAGGGGCAACCCACACCGCUGGUGAUCCAGCAGCCUCCGAAGCCAGGAGCCCUGAUCCGGCCCCCGCAGGUGACGUUGACGCAGACACCCAUGGUCGCCCUGCGGCAGCCUCACAACCGGAUCAUGCUCACCACGCCUCAGCAGAUCCAGCUGAACCCACUGCAGCCAGUCCCUGUGGUGAAACCCGCCGUGUUACCUGGAACCAAAGCCCUUUCCGCUGUCUCGGCACAAGCAGCUGCUGCACAGAAAAAUAAACUCAAGGAGCCUGGGGGAGGUUCGUUUCGGGAUGAUGAUGACAUUAAUGAUGUUGCAUCGAUGGCUGGAGUAAACUUGUCAGAAGAAAGUGCAAGAAUAUUAGCCACCAACUCUGAAUUGGUGGGCACGCUAACGCGGUCCUGUAAAGAUGAAACCUUCCUCCUCCAAGCGCCUUUGCAGAGAAGAAUAUUAGAAAUAGGUAAAAAACAUGGUAUAACGGAAUUACAUCCAGAUGUAGUAAGUUAUGUAUCACAUGCCACGCAACAAAGGCUACAGAAUCUUGUAGAGAAAAUAUCAGAAACGGCUCAGCAGAAGAACUUUUCUUACAAGGAUGACGACAGAUACGAGCAGGCGAGUGACGUCCGGGCACAGCUCAAGUUUUUUGAACAGCUCGAUCAAAUCGAAAAGCAGAGGAAGGAUGAGCAGGAGCGGGAGAUCCUGAUGAGGGCAGCAAAGUCUCGGUCAAGACAAGAAGAUCCAGAACAGUUAAGGCUGAAACAGAAGGCGAAGGAGAUGCAGCAACAGGAACUGGCACAAAUGAGACAGCGGGACGCCAACCUCACAGCACUAGCAGCGAUCGGGCCCAGGAAAAAGAGGAAAGUGGACUGUCCGGGGCCGGGCUCGGGAGCAGAGGGGUCGGGCCCCGGCUCAGUGGUCCCAGGCAGCUCGGGUGUCGGAACCCCCAGACAGUUCACGCGACAAAGAAUCACGCGGGUCAACCUCAGGGACCUCAUAUUUUGUUUAGAAAAUGAACGUGAGACAAGCCAUUCACUGCUGCUCUACAAAGCAUUCCUUAAGUGACACAGGAGGACGCCUGGGGACUUUUUAUAUAUUUGCAGAUUACGCCUUUUUGUAACAAGCAAAUGGGAUAUUGUUUAAAAAACAGCCACCUCUUUACAAUGGAACAGUUUUAUAUUCCUGUUUCUAAAUCAACUCUUCAGUGUGAAAGAAAAUACGUUUCUGUAACAGAGAGAACACAAAGGCCUGUGGAUACUCUUAAAGGACAAUUAAAUCUUAACUCAUCUUGAUUGAGUGGCCUUCUUGCCAAACAAGCCAUAUAUAAAGACUGAUGGAAUCGUUAGCAAAUAAUUAGCUGCCCUCUGUCAACUCAUAGCAGUUUCUGCAUUAUUUGUGCAUUUUGGUUUAGUUCUACCUAACUUACUAUGUAGGUGUAUGUCUACAGCCGAUGACCUCAUUUCGUUUAUUUUAUUUUUGUAAUAGUCAGUUGGCAAAGCAAACUGAUUUUUUAGGCUAUUUAUCUUCCUUCCCCUCCCCCCCCCCCGCUCUCCUCUUUGCCCCCCUGCCCUGCCCUCCCCUCCUCUCCUUCCCCUCCACUCCGCUGAGAAUCCUGGAGGAAUACACAAUUCAUCGUUGCACCCCCACCUCAGAGUGUAAUCGCAUUUCUGCUUGGUAGAGGCCGAGCCCAGCAAAGGUGGCUUCUUCUGAAUGUGUGGUCAGCAUCUGUACAAAUGCAUUUUAUUUGCUAUAGUUUGUAAAGCUGUAAAGUUAAAAGAGAUGAAAACCUUUUCAGCAUAAAUAUAUUUUACUUGCACUGUGUUUUUUAGCUAAAAGUGAAAACCUAGAUUAAAUAAAAUCAAAGUUGAGAAGAAUCAUCAAAAGACUGUUUCUCGGUGUGAAUCAAGUGUUGAAAAAUGGUUGGUGUAUUUUGUCAGUAAUUGUACAUAACUUUUGGCACAUGACAUAGAAAUGGCUAUGUAAACUAUAAUUAUUUUGCUAAGAGACUGUAUGCAAGCCUUGGGCCGACUUUACAGACGUCCAGAGCAAAGCCCCUUCUUUGUACCUAUUUUUUUAUUACAAAUAUACUAAUUGGUUCUUUCUAUUUUCAGAGGUUAUUGUAUGAAAUUGUCUAUUGAUAGUACUUUUAUGACUGUAAAUACUCUGGCUUUCUCCGUGUGAAUUCUCACAUUAGACUUUAAUUCGAGCGCGUGUGAACUGAACGCUGAUCAGUAUUUUUUAUCAACACCUGAGAACUGUUACACCUUUUAUUUUGUCUUUUAGGAAAUCCCUGUCUUUCCAUUUUUUCAUGUAAAUUUUGCACAGUUACUUGUUCAUAUGUAAAUAUUUUACUUUCAAAAAUGAAGUUUUUAAUUGCUAUUGUUUUAUAUAGGAUUGAAAGAAAAUUAACUCCUUUAUUAAAAACAAAUUUAUCUGUA